UCACUUUUGAAAGCAGGAAGCAGACACACCGGCUUCCUUUCUCUGCCAUCAAGAAAAAUGAAAACAGCAUCUUGAGUGAGAAAGUGAACCAGCCUGGAGUGACAUUAAAGGCAAAAUAACCAGUUCAUAUUUCUUAGUGAUGUCUGCAAAGGGGAAACAAACCAAAACAGCAGAGCCAGGCUUCCCCGGGGCUUUCCAGGAGUCCCCUGAAGUUCAUCAGCUGCCACGAGAAGUGGAGGUUGUUCCUGAUAAAAAGAAGAAAUACAUAAAGCCAAGUUCUCGACAAGACCCUGAACUGGAAGCUUUGCAAAAGUUCUUGAUCAACUGGAUUAACACAACUUUGAAGGAUGAACAUAUUGUGGUGAAAAACUUAGAAGAAGACCUCUAUGAUGGAUUGGUGCUCCAUCAUCUGCUGGAGAAAUUUGGAUCCCUCACUUUGGAAGUAGAGAAGAUUGCAUUGACAGAGAAGAAACAGAGACUCAAACUUGCAGUUAUUCUCAGUGCUGUGAGCCAGUGUUUACAACUUGAAGAAAGUGAACCGAAAUGGACCGUGGACACCAUCUUUGAGAAAAACUUGUUAAGCACUUUGCAUCUUCUGGUCGCCAUCGCUCAGCACUUCCAACCCCAACUUGUGAUACCUCCAAAUGUUAAUGUUGCUGUAACAACUGAAGAGUCUAUGUCUAGUGAAUCUGAGACAGAGUUCAUGAUGGAAUGCAUCACCAAAGACAGGGAACCUGCAGAAAAUUCUUCAAGAAGUGCUGAGAUCUUUGACGAAUUAUUAAAUCAUGCUCCCAGGAAACUGGAUGCUGUGAAAGAGGUGUUUUUGAAGUUUGUCAACAAGCACGUGGGAAGAUUAGGACUAAAUGUAGAUGAUGUUGACUCACAGUUUGCAGAUGGGGUUAUUUUACUCUUGCUAAUUGGGGAACUUCAGGGUUAUUUCCUAAAUCUGGGAGACUUUUUCCUGAACCCAAGUUCUACUUCAGAAAUGAUACACAAUGUCAGCCUGGCAAUAGACUUGCUGAGGGAUGGAGAUCUUCUGGAUAGCCCCAUCAACCCUGAAGAUGUGGUGAACCAAGAUACGAAAUCCACAUUGUUCAUUUUGUACUGCCUGUUCUCCAAGUACAAGACUGAAGAGACGUGAAGCCCAAAGAUUAAGAGCCUGAUGGCAGCCAAAUUAUCGACAGCAAGCGCUCCGGUUUUCAGUGCUAGUGAUGUUUUGAUCCUUUGCAGCUAUCAAUAUUGGACAGAUACAAAUGUCUGUAAAUCUGGGAUUUGCACGGACCAAAAGAUUUCGAUUUCAGCAGUUCUAUAAACAGAGAUUUACAUUUCAUUUAGCACCCCCCGAAUUUUACUUACGUCAGAAUGUGGAUUUCAUCUCAAAUUACAAAUCUCCCCUUUCCGAAUAUCUCUAUUUUUCUGUGAUAUCUCCCAAUCUCACUCUUAUCAUAUGAAAGAAUAAGGUGACAUUUUUAGGAAGGGUAGCACGUACUAUGGACAAAAUCUAAGAAAGCAGAUUGAGUGGUGGUGCUAGAUGGUCUAUUAUUUUUUUAAUG